AUGGGUUGGACCUUGUGCAGCAUUCAAUUGAAGAAUACCAUGAACAAACGUUUUGAGCUGGAAUUCGGGUGCCGAAAAAAGACUCACAGAAGGGAACAGAACAGCUAUAUUCUGGACAAGCGAGUGCAAAUGUACAACCUUCUCAAGCUAUUUAUUGGAGGGACACUGUCCGAACUUGGUUCACUGCUGACGCACGUGGUCUGGCCUUGGUGCGAGGCUGUGACGUGUUGCAUAUUGCGGGGACGUUGUCUGACGUUGAUCAGCGCUGACUCGCGCUGUCUGGGUUUGAUACAAGCCUGUGAUGCGCAGCCCAUUCAACACAGCUCAGAGUCUCGGAUUCCCGAUACCUGUUCAAACCCAGCACAUCAGACGACCAGCCGGUUAGUUCGAUCGAUCUCCACCCCGGCUGGGUUUCAAAACGCCUCCUCCGCCCACUUGCCCCGGUCGACCAAUCACAACUGGAUACCCUAUGUCAUCCAAUCGAUUCCACCACAGAAUGGUCAGACAUACACCGCUCUGUGGCAAAUCUCAUCGAACCAGUCACUCACCAAGCCAGUGGCAAUCAGAUUGGUUGGUGUUAAUGGGACAGAUGUGAAGAUUGGAAGUCGACUGGGCUUGGUGUCACGUGGUAUCCGGACCAGUAACACGAUACAGGCAAGUUUAGGUUGCAGUGACCGUGGUUAUCCUAUACACUUUUGGAAGGAAUCUAUGGUGUCAAAUUUGAAUCAAAGUUAA